AUGCGCUGGGGGUCUCCUCCUGCUCCUGCUCUGCGGGCGCUGGGCGCAGGACGCCCCCCCGGGAGCGAAGGGCGACGGAGAGCUCGGGAUACGCCCGAGGGGACCCGGAUCAGCCAGGACCUGGGCGGGGGCAGCCUGGCCAUCGACACCCUGCCAGCCAACGAGACACGGAUCGUGGAGGACAACCACAGCUAUUACGUGUCGCGGGUGUUCGGCCCCGGCGAGGCCCAGAGGAAGGGGCUGUGGGUGGACAUGGCAGCCGCCAACGGGAGCCAAGCCAAGAUCCACGGGAUCCUCUCCAACACUCACCGCCAGGCCUCGAGGAUCAUCCUCUCCUUUGACUUCCCCUUCUACGGCCACCUCCUGCGGCAGGUCACGAUAGCGACGGGCGGUUUCAUCUUCGUGGGGGACGUGAUCCACCGCAUGCUCACGGCCACCCAGUACAUCGCCCCCCUCAUGGCCAACUUCAACCCCAGCUACUCCCGCAACUCCACCGUGCAGUACCUGGACAACGGGACGGUUUUUGUGGUGCAGUGGGACAAGGUGUAUCUGCAGGGGAAGGAGGACCUGGGCAGCUUCACCUUCCAGGCAGCCCUGCACAGCACCGGCAGGAUCGUCUUUGGCUACAAGGAGAUCCCAGUGCCAGUCCUGCAGAUCAGUGCCACCCAGCACCCCGUCAAGGCCGGGCUCUCUGAUGCCUUCAUGGUUCUCAACCCCUCUCCCGACGUGCCUGAGUCCCGGCGCCGGACCAUCUACGAGUACCACCGCGUGGAGCUGGACACCAGCAGGAUCAGCAGCCUGUCGGCCGUGGAGUUCACACCCCUGCCCACCUGUCUCCAGCACCAGAGCUGUGAAACGUGCGUGACCUCGGAGCUGACCUUCAACUGCAGCUGGUGUCACGUCCUGCAGAGGUGCUCCAGUGGCUUUGACCGGUACCGUGAGGAGUGGUUGUCCUAUGGCUGUGGCCAGUCAGAUGAGAAGACCUGUGAGGAUCUGGCAGAAGGCAGCCACUACUCAGCCCCUCCUGACAGCUCUUUGUCCCCUGGCAGCGAGGGCGUCACCCCCUCCCCGUCCUCGCUCUUCAUCGACAGCCUCACCACCGAAGACGACACGAAGCUCAAUCAGUUUUCAGGAGCAGAGGGCAUGGGGAGCAGCCUCCCUCCCAAGACAGCCCCGAUUCCCACCGGCACCAUCGUGGGGAUCGUCCUGGCCGUGCUGCUCGUGGCCGGGAUCAUCCUGGCUGGGAUCUACAUCAGCAGCCACCCCACCUCCAACGCCGCCCUCUUCUUCAUCGAGCGGAGGCCGCACCGCUGGCCUGCCAUGAAAUUCCGGAAUCACACCCACCACGCCAGCUACGCAGAGGUGGAAGCAGCCAGCCAGGAAAAGGAGGGAUUUGUGGAAGCAGAGCAGUGCUGAGCGAUCCCCCCCCCAUUCCAACCCCAACCUUGCAUCCCGGACCUCCCGUCGUCCCACGUGUCGGAACCUCCCGCGUUCCACCUGCGAAGAAACAGCGAGGAGAGGAGAAAAAAAAAGGAAAAAAAAGACCCAAAAUGGAGAGUUUUUCAAGGAAUUGGGCAGGGAAGAGGGAGGCUGGAUGUGCCUGGAUCCUCCUGGCAGCUCUGCCUCCAGCCUGGGUGUGGUGGGGGGGAAAGUGCAGCCAACUUUUUACCUUGCUCGAGCGGCAGGUUCUUGGGGAGCAAAAGAGAAGCUUUUUGGGGCACAGCGGCUCCGGAAUGCUCAGGAAUGUCGUGUUGGUGCCUCUUCCCUCUCCUGGAGUGCUUGGGAAGUAAAAUCAGGUGUGGUGGUGGCCUAGGAGGGGUAAGAUCAGCUCUCCAGGGCUCCUCUCCCAUCCUCUCACCCCCAUCUCUGUCCAUUUCCCCCCUUUGCCUCCUUUAAUCAACAUUUAAUUUUGUCUUCACGGCUCAGAAGCCUCAAGUCCUGGUUCUUCUCCACCACCUUGGAUCCAACUCUCCCUUCAGAGCAACACCUUCCACCCCCUCCUCUGGAGAAAAGGGCAUCCUGAUCUAUUUUAAGGACAAAACCCUGCAGAGGAGUCACCUCCAGGAUUUUCGUGAGCCAAUGGCUUUGAUGGCGCUUUUUGGCUUUUAAUUAGUUUGCUAAAUGACUAAUUAUGACCCUUCCCCUAAAGGAGACAGAGAGUAGGGGGGGGAAAAAAAUACCUGAGAUUCCUUCAAAAUUCAUCCUCAUGGCCACUGAUCCAGUGGGAACAGAGUGGGAAAAUCCAAGCUCACCCAUGGCCAUUUCAGAUAAAUAAGGAAUGCCUGGACACCCCAGAAGAUCUGAAAAUCCCCUUGCUAACAUCAAAUCUUUGAGUCAGUGGCAUUUUUUUCCCCUCAAUUUUCCCUGAUUUCCCUGAUUUUCAUCUUGUUCCAUCGUGUCUGUGAUGAGCCCCAGGAGUGGGUUUGGUUCCAGGUCCUGAGCCCCGAGGAAAGGUUUUCUCCUCCUCGGGGUUUUCUCCUCCCUCUGAGCCCUCAGAAUUUUGAGAUUAAACCUGCAAAAAACUGCUCUGCCCAAUUCCACAGGCAGGGCCCCAAAACUGGGUGUAAAGAAAGGGAGAAUCCACAGUUCAGGCUGAGGGAAAAUUUUGUUUCCCCCCCCACCCUAAAAAGCUGUUGGUUGAGGGGGCUUUUCCCAACACCCUUUUAAUUUUUUUUCAUUUUCUCCUGCUCCUCAGCUCUUUAUCCUGAUAAUCCUGUUUGGUGCAUAUUUGAUCCACUGGCUGCUUCAGCUGUCACUGGGGGUGUCACUGCCAAAGGCAGGGGCUGUCUAAUUGAUGUUUUCCUUCUCAUCUGCUGCAUUUCCAGGACUGUUGCAGAUAAAUUCGGAUCCUUGGUGCCAUUUAGACCCCAGAUUAGACUUUUCCUGGACCCUCAUCUAGUUUUUGCCCCAAAUCCGAUCUCCUUUCAAAAGGAAUUUUCUCUGCAUUUCACUCUUUUUCGAAUAGUUACAUUUUAACUGUUAAAUCAAAUGGUUUUAGGCCUUGGUUUUGCUGUUUUUCUGAACAUGAAUACGUGGUAACAGCAAGAUUUUGGUUCUUCCUCUUCCCCUGCAACCCCUAGAAAUGCUGGGAAGGAUCCAAGAAUCCUGAAAUGCUGCGAAUUUAAAGCAAAAACAGACUUUGUAAGUAGAGAGCAUCCAUAUAAAUGACUGCAGAAAGGAUCCUGGGAGGAUCCAGGAGAAAAUACAGAGAUUAAGGAAGGAUCCAGGUGGAAAAUAACACCAUCCAAGUGCCCUAACCCAGGAAUGGCUGAAGUGGGCUCUGUGAAACACCUGAACUUCAGGGAGAUGCCAAGUUCUGAGUGCCUGGGGUGAAAAAGGCUCUUUAUUUUUAAAUUAUUUUAAUUUUUCCCUUUAAGGAAAGCACCAAACCGAACCAGGCUCUUCCAUAGCCGUGCUCCAGAUGUUUGGUUUUCCUUCUCCAGAGGAACCCGCUUGGGGGGCACGGUCAGGUGGGGUUUUCCAGCUCCAAUUCAUCAUCUCCAAGACCUUGCAAAUGGGAAAUUUAUUGCCCAGCUGGCAUCUCCCACUGCCCAGCCUGGAGAUGCUGCGUCCUGAGGAGGGAAAUGGGAAUACUCAGUCCUGCCUUUCCCCACCCUGUGGCUGCUGGAAUUCCACCCUGGGGAAGCUCCUGAGGCAGCAGAGAAUAUUCCUGUAUAUUCUAAUCCCAUAAAACUCUUGGGAAAGACCCAAGGGGAACGUUGCCAGUGCCUGGAAGGAAGAGAAAAACAGCUCUUCCAUCACCAAGUCUGGUGGACUCUGGGAUUGUUUCAGUGUCCGUGGGUGUUGGGAGAACACAGAUUUGGGGGGUGUGGGAGGGAGGGAUUUGCUUCUGCUCCCAGGAAAAUUUGGGGGCUCAACCCCCCCCCCCCCAUUUUCAACAUAAAAAAAAAUUUAUUCUCUUAAUAACUAAAGGCCUAUUUUCCACAUACUUGAAUUUCCAGCCCAGUUGGACUAUUUCGAGGGACUAAAGGCACUUUAACUGUCUUUACUUUGUAUGAUACUUUACAGUGUAUUUGCUAUGGAUUAUCUGCAUGGAAUAGAGCCUGAAUAUGAAAUAAAACCUUCUUCCUUUUGGA